AUGGCCGCAACGAAUUUCGACGCGGCUGCGGCUGGCCUUGCGGCCGUCGCCCGGGCUGCACUUAAUUGCGGACGAUUUUGCAGAGGACGCCGGUUUCGAGCCGGUGGGGAUCCAGACCUUGACAGUCUGGACCGUGAGAUCCUAGGGGACGACGAAGACGGGACGUAA